CGACCAACUAUUCUAAAUCCUAAUACGAUUAUCCAGAGAUCAGAAGAAUUCAGAAAUCAAAACGAACAAAUGUGAUAGCCUAUCAUAAGAAAAUCAGUUUUACCAAUUUUUGAGACUUUUAAUCUCACAACGGUUAUUGAAAUUGAAAAGACAAACUCAGUUAGAAUUAAAAGGAAAAUGACUUCAUUAGCGAGAGAAAACACUCUGAAAGUUAAAACUAUAAACCUGGAAAAAACUACAAGAAGCGAAGAUAUUCCAGAUUAUGGGCGUACUCAUAGAAGGGUAACUAACCACACGGACUUUAAGGACAAUUCUCGUGGAACUAAAACACAAAAGGAACCAAUUGCAAUCGAUAAUAAGAGUGACGAUGACAGGGAUGCUACCCCAAGGAAACGAGGAAAGAUCCACAAGUCUAUUGGUAUCCCAAUAAACCAGGAAAUCCAGUACGAAACUGGUUACCCAAAGCCUAAAAUUCAUAUACGUGGAACACCACUUACUGUAAACGGGAAAACAGAAAGCACUUCUGAAAAUAGCAUUUCUUCAGACCCAAAAACUGAAGACCUUGGAAACACAAAUACAGAUAAUGAUAUCCAUCCAGAGCAGAAUCCGAAGAAUAAAAUAGACACCGGAGAACAAAUGCAUUCAAGCAAUGCUACCUUCCCAGGCUCAAAUUCUGAUGACAAAAUGGAUACUUUUGAAAGCACAAAUGAAAAUAACGAUACCAGCAAACAAGAUGUGACUAAAAGAACCAGUGACUCUAAAGAAACUGCUAUAAAUACUCGUAUUCAAAGUGCAGAGAUUUCUGUUAAAGAGAGCACACGUGCUUCUUUUCGAGAACUGAUCAGAACGAGAACUCAACUUUUAAGCAGGGAACGUGCAUUCGUUACUCCCCUUUAUUCCGAUGACAAUUUAAUUACGUCAGAUGAGACUAACAAUGAUGUCGAUGAACUUGACAGUAUGGACUUCCCCGGCUUAGCACGCAAAGUUAGAUCAUUACAGGUGACAACAAAAACACAGCAACUCAGUAAACAGGACCAAGCCAUUGAACGCGAAGAUACACUUAUUUCUACAGCGACUACUGAUGAGCGUAGAGCACAAACUCCUGACGAUGCUAGUGUUGUAGCAGCGGCUAAUUCUAACAUUGAUAUAUCGUCGUGGAAUAGCAAUGGUGGAGGUUACGUCACUGAACGAAAUAUUACAGAUACAAAGGUAAAAAACACAAGGAGGAAAUUAAGCAAGCCAUCGACAAAUGAUGUUUCGACUCAAGAUAUCACUAAGAUUCUAUCAUGCACGGCAAUCGAUGUACCAAACGACCCUGGUGAUAUAGAGAAACGCAUAGAGACAAUAGCACAACUACAGGGGCAUAUCAGGAACGCACACGGGGCUAUUUCACCAAGAAACGCAAAGGAAAUGUCGAACGAGACCAAAAACCCUACUUUAGCGAUAAACAUAUAUAGCAAAAUAAAAAAUAAAAACAAGAACGGAAAUCUACGUUCUGAGCAUGGGAAUAAUCAUAAUCAGACAAGGAAACAAAGACGACACGGAGCACUACCAAAACUACCACUAUCGAAAGGUGGAUCAAGCCAAGUAGAAUCGAAUAUUUCAAAAUCAUAUCGACGAAAUAUUGGUUCGAACAGCAAGGAACACGGAAACGGGUCGCUUACUAAUAUGGAUAUUAUUUUGGGUAAAACACACCCUAUGUACGCAUCACAAGAUACAUUUAGCCGCUAUGUUGGCGAUGGUAAGAAUGCGUUGCACGCUGCGGAUACUGUAAGUUCAAAUGAUGCAUCAAACAGCAGAGAUUUCGAAGUAACGUCAAGUGAAAUGACUCUGGAUGUAUACAGUGAACAAACCGGGUCGUUUUAUUAAAGGGACAAUGCCGAAACUGCAGUCCCGGUGUAAAAGGGUAGGAGGUCCUAUCAAAUUAUGGUCCUACUCUCCAUUGAUUUAUAUGGUGACCUAAAUACAACUCUUUCCCUCAUUAUCUUAUACACAAUCAGGGCCAGUAAGGGCCAAUAAGAAAGGGGACCAUAAUUUCUUUCACACCGGGACUGCAGUGUGGUAUAACAGCUCCUAUAGUUCUACGAUUCAUGUGUCCCAAUUGCAAAAUAUACACUUUAAGUGCAGGCAUUGGGAUUAAUGGAAUGGAAUUCUCUCAAUA